AUGGCUGAUGAACCAUCCGAUUCACAUCUUCCCAUCUUUGACCAUCUCCCGGCGUUCUUUUCGGCAGCAAUAAAUGCCCAGCACAUCGCCAUUGCCGAGCCGGCAAAUCAUCACCCCACCUCGUCUUCCUCUUCUCGCACCUGUAAACUCUCUCCGGCAGAGAAUGGCUGCGAUUGCCAUUCACACGCUCCUCCUCUGCAACGCGGCGCUGCUUCCCCGUGCGCCGGGCUCAGCCUCGACACUGUGCGGGACUUCCUGACGCGGGAGGAGGACACCAUCGUCUUCAGCCUCAUCGAGAGGGCCAAGUACCCGCUCAACUGGCCGGUCUACGACCCCGCCUACCUCGGUGCCGGUGCCGGCCGCCUCAACGCCUCUUUCGCCGAGCUCUUCGUCCGCGAGUCCGAGGCCGUCCAAUCCAAGGAGCAAUUCAUUCAUCCGCUACACAUUCCAAUCUCGUUGUGUUUCCUUGUCUAA